GCCAUUUUCCUCCCACAACAUGCACAUUAAUUGUCCAUAUUUCUUAACAUCAACCAUCCGCAAUGAUACUUUUUAAAGUGUAACCAAGCCAAGGCAGAAGCGUAGGCGUCUGUCUGCAUUGUCAUUGCUGCAACUCCAACACCCUUCUUUAUAUUUUGACAGCAGUGUGUAUAAUACAAAGUCACUUCCUAGUAAAUUGACAUAUUUUGAAAAAUGUUUGCACCCACUCCAACACUCGGCGGCGUGGUACCAGUGUGAGUCAGCCGUGUACGGCCUGACAUUGCCGCCGCUUCUUACUACACCGUGUGGCACUAAGCUCUUUGUUUGCUUGACAUCACCGCCCUUUGUCUCAUGGCAAAAACAAUAGCGACCUUAUGUUUGGCCACAAAGACAUACUCUCUCUUCAAGCCUGUGAAGUCAGUGUCCCAUCGCCGUCGCUCAUUAGCCUGGCGACGCCUGUGACCGCCGCCACAAGGAGGGCCGGACCAGCUUGUGGAGAAGCAUCGAGACGUCGAUACAUUGCAGAUGAACUCAGCGCAAUAAGCGUUCUUUUGCAGUUGCUUGUAGGCAGGCAGACGUGUGCAUCUUGGGAUCUUUCUUGUUGUGGAGUACAGGAUCAGAAGCAGCCAAUGUUUCCGGUCCGGCAGCCUUGGCUUUGCAAAGCCUUAGGUUGUUAUGAUUGCUGUAUCCGGUGCUUGGGGGCAGUGCCCUACCCAUCUCUGGUGGCCACCUUGCUGUUCUAUGCAGGAGUGGCUCUAUUUUGUGGAUGCGGGCAUGAAGCCUUAACCCAGACCGAAGUCCUGGUCGAGACUUACUUCGCCCGUAAUGAGCAGGACUAUGAGGUCUUGGCCUCCUUUGUCCAAUACUUCCAGUAUGUCAUCUAUGGCCUGGCGUCAUUCUUCUUCCUCUUUGGUAUCCUGCUGCUGGCUGAAGGGUUUUACACGACGAGCGCAGUCAAGCAGACCUUCGGGGAAUUCAGGAGCACCCAAUGUGGGCGGUGCCUCAGCCUGACGUUUAUCAUUGUGACGUAUAUCUUGGCCUUCAUCUGGCUGGCCGUGUUUGCCUUCACCGCUAUUCCCGUCUACUUCUUGUUCAACAUGGAGCAGACCUGCCAUGACAUCAACAUCUUGGCUGAAACAACGCCCAGCAUAAAUCAGCAUGCAUGGAUUUGCAUGGACGCCAGGCAAUAUGGGCUGCUUCCUUGGAAUGCAAUGCCAGGCAAGGCCUGUGGAAUGACCUUGGCAUCGAUUUGCAAAACUAGUGAAUUUCACCUCACCUAUGACCUGUACAUUGCUGCAUUUGCUGGAGCUGGAAUCACUCUCUUAGCACUGUUUGUGUAUUUGGUUGCCGCCACCUACAAUUAUGCAGUUUUGCGAUUCCUGGGCAGGAAAGGGGUACGUUAAUGCAUGCAGCAGCCCCACGCCACCGCAGUCAACGGCGUCCUCCGGUUGUGAGAUGGGACAGUCAACCACAUGCAAUACUAGAUGUCAUUUACCGUCAUUGGAACAGCCAACCUGGCUCGCCUUCUCUCAGCGGCCUCCAAUAAUAUUUCUCACCACUGUGUCUAAGUAUGAACAGCAGACAGAGAGAUGAAGACUCCCGUCCUCUCAGAUGAUUCUCUCAGCUUUGUUGUUCAUUUCCCUCACGUAUGUGUGAUCUCCUGCUUGCCCGUUUUUGUGCGGAGCUUCAUUAGUUGUGAUGUGUGGCAUUUGAGGAAUAACAAAGAGCGGUGACAGCUCUCGAAGCAUAACUUGCAUGUACGCCUUUCAGUGCUUACUGAUGCAUGCAUUAGAGCCAGGAAAAUGGCUCACACCUUUGUGUGUUUUCAUACUGAAUGUACCAAAGUUGUCUGCACCUCUGGAGGAUUGUGUUGUAUCGCCCUGCUCACUGUCACUCACAUAUUUGCUUUGUUGAAACACCACUGUGUGGGGGGGGAAACAAAGCCAUUUACUAUAUGCACUAUGGGGGGGCAAUGCCUCCAUUUGUCACGCUAACUUUCCAUCAGAUAACUCAUGUUUAAUGUCUGCAAGCUACUCAUUGAGCUUUGUCAUGUGUGGCCAGUUGGAAUGGAAACUACACAUUUUAACUUUGUAAUUUUAUUGUAACUAUGGAUGCCAUGUUUUUAAUAAAACUGUGGUUAAUCAACCUUGUUGCAUAUUAUAGCAAUAUGGAUCUGGAAAAAAAACAACACGCAGCCAUUAUUGUCUAAACAGUGGUGGCAAAAUAGUUGUGAUGUCUUACAGUCAGUCAAUGGUGGUGGUUGUGGCCAUGGUCUGGGGCUGCACGAGUGCUGCCGGAGGAGUAGUUUUCCAACAUAAGGAGCCCCAAAACAGCAGAAGCUGAAGGUGAUGGAGUGACCAAGGAGGAGUAUGAACCCCAUUGAAGACCUGUGGGAGAUUUGGACAUGUUGACUGUGAUGUGUACACAGUAACACAAUAAUGGAUGUGUAUGGGGUUAUUUUAAGUGGACAGUAAAGCUAUACUUGUAUAAAAGCGGUACCCUGACUACUCAAAAUUUUCUAAUUUUUUUUAAUUUUCAUUUCUAUUUCUAAGCUGCUGUAAUGUGAAGGGGGUACUCACAAGAUGGAUGGAUAUAAAAUAAGACUCCAAUUGUA